GGAGGAACUUUGCUCUUGUUGGAAGAAAAGAUAUGUAGAUGAAAUCUUUCCAACGUAAGCUUUUCUUGUUAAGGGAGAUGGAGUUGUGAUCUCAAGAAAGCUUGAAGGUUUGAAUGAUGUAAAAGCAAAGAUUGAGCAAAAGUUAUCAUGUAGUUCUUCGAAGAGUAUCUUAUAUACUGGAAGUGGUCUUCCCGUUGGAGUGUAGAAGACAGCUUCAUUAAAUGCUUGUAUUGUUGAUUUGACCGGUUGGUCCUUCGACUUGCUAUUUUGGGGGCGAAAGGAUAUCCACAUGGUCAAUCAUCAGCUUUAAAUAUCUCUCCGUACGUACCGCAUUAAUUGAGCAUUUAAUGCGUGUACAGUACCAUGUUCCGUCGAAGAGGCUCCUAGCCGUUAGGGUAUUUCCCGUUAGUUUCACGUCCGUUGGAGGUUCAUUCGAAUUUCUUGUAUGUAAGGAGCAUUUCUGGUAGAGGUAGUAGAGGGCAACUCUGUUGAUAUCCUGACCUUCUAUCUUUGUUGCUUCUCUGAUCUAACAGAGAUCCUUGAGGUUCUCUGUCCCGUCGAAUAUGCUACAACAUUACACUUAGCAAAAUUCUAAUACAAAAAUUCUAAUGGGGUACUUUAACAUGCUAAUUAAUCCUAGCAUCAUCAAAAUCUAAUUACAAUUAUUCCUUACAAUUCCCCCCUUUUUGAUGAUGCCAAAACCUUUAAACUAUUUCCAGAGAAGUGCCUUUCACCAUAAAAGAGAUAAAGUUAAAACUUUCAUUAAAAAUCUUGGUGGGCAACUUAGCAUAGGAAAAUAGUAAGAGUAAGAUACAAUCAAGAUAAAACAAAGUACUAGAGCAAACAGAAUAACACACAAACAGAACAGAAAGGGUUAGAAAAAAAUAGAUAUAGGAUAAAUAAUGCCAUUCAAACAGAGAGGCGGAGGAGUUAUCCUAUUAUGUAGUCAGAGUACAAGGAUGUUCCUUUACAAAAUUUCCCUUGCUGCUGCAGCCAUUGCUUGAUUAUCCAAAUCUUGUAGUCUUUGCAACUCUUUAUUUACUUCUGCUUUUAUAUCUGUGAGAUUUCCAACAGUUUGAUAGGAGGCCCAGAUGGGAGCAAGUCUGCAGUCCAAGUAGUUGAGAACUCCUUCAUGGACAUUCUUUCCUGCGACAACAUGUUUUUCGUACCAGUAUUCUGCUUCUUCUAAAGAGCCACCACAUCUCUUAAGUUUAGUCUUCAUCUUCUUCAUUUCACAACACGUUACCAACACAAAUCUGCUCAAAACCUUCAAGAAAUCAUCAUCUCCUGCAGCAUGGCAAACAUAAGCAAAAGAGAAUUUGACGUUCUUGAUUUGUCCGGUCAAAAAUAUCUGGAAUGGAAAGUUGAUGUUUUAGCACAUUUAAAGGCUAAUGGUCUUGAAGACACCAUUGAGGCUGAUAAUCAAUCAUCCUCUCAGGAUAAAGCGAAAGCUAUAAUUUUCCUCCGUCAUCAUCUCCAUGAAAGUCUCAAAUCUGAAUAUCUUUUGGUUGAUAACCCAAAAGAAUUAUGGGGCAAUUUACAAGAGAGAUAUGGCCACCAACAAAAGGUACUUUUGCCAAAAGCUCAGUAUGACUGGACCAAUUUAAGAUUCCAGGAUUUUAAAUCAAUCAGUGACUAUAAUUCUGCUAUGUUCCAAAUAACAUCUAAACUAAAGUUAUGUGGACAAAAAGUCACUGAUGCUGAUAUGUUGGAGAAAACCUUUUCUACAAUGCAUAUUUCUAAUAUGCUGCUACAGCAGCAAUAUAGAGAAAAGGGUUUUAAAAAAUACUCCGACUUAAUAUCGGUAUUAUUGGUAGCUGAGCAAAUAAUGACCGUUUGACGAAAAACCACAAUUUGAUACCCACCGGUUCUAGUCCUUCGCUUUAUGGUCCAUCUGGCCAUAAUUUAGCCACUGAAUCAAAUGCAACAUACAGUGGCAGUAGAAGGCAAUUUAAACGUGGGCAUUUUAGUGGUCAUAAUAACAAGCAUCAGCGAGGAUAUAAACGGGUUGACAGACCGAAUUAUAAAGGCAAGGGCAAACAAAAAGCCCAUCAAAUAAAUCACCCUACAAAAACCUCGGUAAAACGACUUGUUAUAAAUGUGGCAUGACGGGGCACUGGGCUAAUAAAUGUCGCACGGCUAAACAUCUUGUGGAGUUAUUUCAAGCUUCCAUGAAUUUGAACAAAGGCAAAAAUAUGGAAGCUAAUUAUGUCAAUGACACAACUCCAUCUUUGCCAAAAUUUGACGUGUCCGAUUUUUUCGCGGAUGAUGCCAUUACGGAUGAUGCUUUUGCCAUAAACCAAAAUGUUACAAAAUAAUAUAGUAGACUCCUUAAGUUGUAUAAUACUAGUUAUAUGUACUUUUUAUUUCUUCCCCUUUUAUUUUGUUUUUAAAUAAAUGUGUGUAAUGCAUGUACUCUUAUGUUAAAUAAUAUGCAUAAUUUGCGAUCAAGC